AGCCUUCAUGCUAUGGAAGGCCAUGUGAUGAUAGCUUUCCUGCCGACUGUUCUAAACCAGUUGUUUAGAGUCCUCACUAGAGCAACUCAAGAGGAAGUUGCAGUUAAUGUGACAAGGGUUAUUAUCCAUAUUGUUGCUCAGUGUCAUGAAGAAGGGUUGGAUAGCUACCUGAGAUCUUAUGUCAAGUAUGCUUAUAAAGCUGAGCCCUAUGUUGCUUCUGAAUAUAAGACAGUACAUGAAGAACUGACGAAGUCCAUGACAACAAUUUUAAAGCCCUCUGCUGACUUUCUCACAAGCAACAAGCUACUUAAGUAUUCAUGGUUUUUCUUUGAAGUUCUGAUAAAAUCAAUGGCUCAGCAUUUGAUAGAAAACUCUAAAGUGAAGCUGUUGCGAAACCAGAGAUUUUCUGCUUCCUUUCAUCAUGCAGUUGAAACAGUUGUUAAUAUGCUAAUGCCACACAUCACUCAGAAGUACAGAGACAAUCCAGAGGCUUCAAAAAAUGCAAACCAUAGCCUUGCUGCCUUUAUAAAAAGGUGUUUUACUUUUAUGGAUAGAGGCUUUGUUUUCAAGCAAAUCAAUAACUACAUCAGCUGCUUUGCCCCAGGAGAUCCAAAGACUCUUUUUGAAUUCAAAUUUGAAUUUCUCCGUGUUGUCUGUAAUCAUGAGCACUACAUACCUUUGAAUCUACCAAUGCCAUUUGGAAAAGGCAGAGUUCAGAGAUACCAAGACCUUCACCUGGACUAUUCAUUAACUGAUGAGUUCUGUAAAAAUCACUUCUUAGUUGGACUGCUUCUAAGGGAGGUGGGCAAUGCAUUACAAGAGUUCAGAGAUGUGCGGCAGAUUGCUAUUAGUGUGCUCAAGAAUUUGAUGAUAAAGCAUUCUUUUGAUGAUAGAUAUGCUUCCAGGAGCCAUCAAGCAAGAAUAGCCACUAUGUAUUUGCCACUCUUUGGACUGCUCAUAGAAAAUGUUCAGCGAAUCAAUGUGAAAGAUGUGUCUCCAUUUCCUGUUAACCCUUCCAGCAAUAGUGCAAAGGAUGAUACACUUUAUUUGCCAACUGCAAGUCAGCUAGUAACACCACAAAAAUCAGGAAACACAUUGGAUAACAAUCUUCCUAAAGAUCUUUUUGGCGUUAUCUCUGGCAUUGCUUCCCCUUAUACUACAUCAACUCCAAAUAUUAAUAGUGUGAGGAACGCUGACUCAAGAGGCUCUCUUAUAAGUACAGACUCGGGAAACAGUCUCCCAGAAAGACACAGUGAAAAGAGCAAUUCUCUUGACAAGAACCAACAGAGCAGCACUUUAGCAAGUUCUGUAGUUCGAUAUGACAAACUUGACCAAGCAGAGAUCAAAAGUCUGCUCAUGUGUUUCCUUCAUAUUCUGAGAAGUAUGUCAGAAGAUGCAUUGUUUACGUAUUGGAACAAGGCUACAAAAUCUGAACUCAUGGACUUUUUCACGAUUACAGAAGUAUGCUUACAUCAGUUCCAGUACAUGGGAAAACGAUACAUAGCCAGGAACCAGGAGGGGUUGGGAUCCAUAGUUCAUGAUCGAAAAUCUCAGACAUUGCCUGUUUCCCGUAACAGAACAGGAAUGAUGCAUGCCAGAUUGCAGCAGCUGAGCAGCCUGGAUAACUCUCUCACUUUUAACCACAGCUAUGGCCAUUCAGAUGCAGAUGUUCUUCACCAGUCUUUACUUGAAGCAAAUAUUGCCACGGAAGUUUGCCUUACAAUUCUGGAUACUCUAUCAUUAUUCACAAUGGCUUUUAAGAAUCAACUACUAACUGAUCAUGGGCAUAAUCCACUGAUGAAGAAAGUAUUUGAUGUAUACCUCUGCUUCCUUCAAAAGAAUCAGUCUGAAACAGCAUUGAAAAAUGUCUUCAUUGCCUUAAGGGCACUUAUUUUUAAGUUUCCUUCUACAUUUUAUGAAGGUAGAGCUGAUAUGUGUUCUGCACUGUGCUAUGAAAUUCUGAAGUAUUGUAAUUCCAAACUGAGUUCAAUCCGUACUGAAGCUUCACAGUUAUUGUACUUCUUAAUGAGAAAUAAUUUUGAUUACACAGGAAAGAAGUCUUUUGUUAGGACUCAUCUGCAAGUUAUUAUUUCAGUAAGCCAGUUAAUUGCUGAUGUUGUUGGAAUUGGAGGAACUAGAUUUCAGCAGUCUCUUUCCAUCAUCAAUAAUUGUGCCAAUAACGACAGAAUUAUAAAGCACACUACAUUCCCUUCGGAUGUUAAGGAUUUAACAAAACGGAUUCGUACAGUACUGAUGGCUACAGCUCAAAUGAAGGAGCAUGAGAAUGAUCCAGAAAUGCUUGUAGACCUCCAGUAUAGUUUGGCAAAGUCUUAUGCUAGUACACCUGAACUAAGGAAGACGUGGUUAGACAGCAUGGCAAGGAUCCAUGUUAAAAAUGGAGACCUUUCAGAGGCAGCAAUGUGCUAUGUCCAUGUAGCAGCACUGGUUGCAGAAUAUCUCACACGAAAAGGGAUGUUUAGGCAAGGCUGUACUGCUUUCAGAGUAAUCACACCUAAUAUAGAUGAAGAGGCUUCAAUGAUGGAGGAUGUUGGAAUGCAAGAUGUUCACUUCAAUGAAGAUGUGCUGAUGGAAUUGUUGGAGCAGUGUGCUGAUGGACUCUGGAAGGCAGAACGCUAUGAACUCAUUGCUGACAUAUAUAAACUUAUAAUUCCCAUUUAUGAAAAACGGAGAGAUUUUGAGAGGCUUGCUCAUUUGUAUGACACUCUUCAUCGAGCAUACAGUAAAGUAACGGAAGUUAUGCAUACAGGCAAGAGACUGCUGGGAACGUAUUUCAGGGUAGCAUUCUUUGGACAGGCAGCGCAAUACCAGUUUACAGACAGUGAAACAGAUGUUGAGGGUUUCUUUGAGGAUGAAGAUGGAAAGGAAUAUAUCUAUAAAGAGCCUAAACUCACGCCCCUUUCAGAAAUUUCCCAAAGACUCCAAAAACUCUACUCUGACAAAUUUGGAUCUGAAAAUGUCAAAAUGAUUCAGGAUUCUGGCAAAGUAAAUCCUAAGGAUUUAGAUUCCAAAUAUGCAUAUAUUCAAGUUACACAUGUAAUUCCAUACUUUGAAGAAAAAGAGUUGCAAGAAAGAAAAACAGAUUUUGAAAGGACUCAUAAUAUUCGUCGCUUUAUGUUUGAGAUGCCUUUUACUCAAGCUGGUAAAAGACAAGGAGGAGUAGAAGAACAGUGUAAGCGGCGGACUAUUUUGACAGCUAUACAUUGUUUCCCAUAUGUGAAAAAGCGCAUUCCAGUAAUGUACCAGCACCAUACUGAUUUAAACCCCAUUGAAGUAGCCAUUGACGAAAUGAGUAAAAAAGUUGCAGAACUUAGGCAGCUUUGCUCUUCAGCUGAAGUAGAUAUGAUUAAAUUGCAGCUGAAGCUACAAGGAAGUGUCAGUGUUCAGGUUAAUGCUGGUCCAUUAGCAUAUGCAAGAGCUUUCUUAGAUGACACAAACACCAAAAGAUAUCCAGACAAUAAAGUAAAGCUGCUAAAGGAAGUUUUUAGGCAAUUUGUUGAAGCUUGUGGCCAUGCCCUAGGUGUAAAUGAGAGACUUAUAAAGGAAGAUCAGUUGGAAUAUCAAGAAGAAAUGAAAGCCAACUACAGAGAAAUGGCAAAAGAGCUUUCUGAAAUAAUGCAUGAACAAGGAAAAGCUUACCACAAACCUAACUUUUUUUUAGCCACCAAUGACAGAGAAUAUUAUGAAAAAG